AUGUCUGGCAUACCUGCUCUGAUCCGGGAGUCCAGGCCAGACCUCGCGAGGUAUGAAGCGCUGUACAAGAAGCUACAUGCGAACCCUGAGCUUUCACAUCAAGAAGUCGAAACUGCAUCGUUGAUUGUGCGGCAUCUCAGCGGGUUAAGUGGUGAUCUGGAUAUACGCCCUGGUAUCGGAGGUCAUGGAUUGAUUGCAAUCCUCCGCAAUGGAGCCGGGCCAACCGUGUUGUUGCGGGCUGACAUGGAUGCCCUGCCAGUCGCCGAACGUACCAACCUCGAGUAUACAAGUCAUCGAAAACAGUUGGGUAAAGAUGGCCUAGAGAGACCUGUCGCGCAUGCUUGCGGACACGACGUCCAUGUCAUAUGUCUGCUAAUUGCCGCGGAAGCACUCAUCAAUGCACGAAGGGCAUGGGCUGGAUCGAUUGUUUUCCUCUUCCAGCCGGCCGAAGAGGCUGGAGAUGGUGCCCUCGGCAUGGUCAAUGAUGGACUGUAUGACGAGUCUCGUCACAAUUGUCCUGUCCCGGACAUUGUCCUGGGACAACAUGUCGCACCGAUUCGAGCCGGGAUUGUCACUUCCAAGACCGGGGCUAUCAUGAGCUCUUCAGACAGUCUCAAGAUCACGAUAUUUGGACGGGGCGGGCAUGCCAGUAUGCCUCACCAUUGUAUCGACCCAGUCGUGACCGCGAGCCACAUUGUGGUCCGCCUUCAGACAAUAUCGAGUCGCGUGGUGCCUCCAGACGAGGUGGCCAUCAUAACAGUUGGAUCAAUUCACGCAGGCGAAGCAGAAAACGUCAUCUGCGACCAUGCAUCUUUCACCAUCAACAUUCGGACUCUCAACGAGGAGGUGAGGUUGACUGUUCUCAAGCACAUCAACAGCGUCAUCAAAGCAGAAUGCGAAGCCAGCUUUUGUGAAAAACCUCCCCAGAUUGAGCAUCACAUGAGCCUGCCGACUACCUCCAACGCUGCAGAGGUUGAGACGAAGCUCCAGGCAACACUGAAAGAUUUCUUCGGCCCAGACUUUAUGGUGGCUCCGAAAAGCAGCUUGGCGAGUGAGGAUUUCAGUAUCCUUGCCAGUUCUAUCGGCAAGCCGUACUGUUUUUGGCUGUUCGGUGGUACCGAUCAAGAGUUGUGGGAUUCGAUGGCAGCGCAAGGAAAGUUGGAUAAGAUUCCGAUCAAUCACAGUGCAGAAUUUGCUCCUGUGAUAGAUCCAACACUUCAAACUGGCGGCGAUGCCAUGACGGCUGCCGCUCUGACAUUCCUGGGAUCACCAUCGAGCUAG